ACAUAUGUCAUAAAAUAAAUUUUGCAAAAAAAUAAUUGCAUUGAUAACACGAUAACUUUGUUGCAUUUUGAACCAAUCAUAUGACGUUUAAUAAUCAAAUCAUUCAAUACGUCGUACGUCGUUUUUCUCUACAUUUUACAUUGCAUGUUCCAAUAUAGUUCAGUCCAGUUGACAUCCGACAUUGAGGUUAAAAUUCAAAAAAGUUGUGAAUUGUGAAAAAUAUUCCAAAUGGCACACACAACGAGACUACUUAUGAUGACCGGCAAGUUUCUGAAGAACGGUUGCAAUUCUCUACCGAUGAGGUUUUCUAGCUCAUGGUGGUCCCAUGUAGAGAUGGGACCACCAGAUGCCAUUUUGGGAGUCACUGAGGCAUUCAAAAGAGAUCAAAAUCCCAAAAAGAUCAACUUAGGUGUUGGCGCUUAUAGGGAUGACAAUGGCAAACCAUAUGUUCUUCCUAGUGUUCGUAAGGCAGAAGAAAAAAUUCGAAUUAAAGAAAUGGAUAAAGAAUAUUCUACAAUUUCUGGCAAUCCUGAAUUUUGUGAACACAGUAUUAAUUUGGCUCUUGGAGAAGGAAAUGAAGUUGUUGCAAAUGGAUUGAAUGCAACCAUUCAAGGGAUCUCUGGUACUGGUUCUCUGUUUGUCGGAGCACAAUUUUUAUCUCAUCAUUUUCCUGGUAAUAAGGAAAUUUAUCUUCCAAUUCCUUCAUGGGGAAAUCAUAAUCCUCUAUUCAGACUUGCUAGACUUACAGUCAAGUCUUAUCGUUACUACGAUCCAAAAACUUGUGGUUUGGAUUUUAAAGGAGUAGUGGAAGAUAUAUCUAGCAUUCCUGAAAGGUCGAUUAUCCUUUUGCAUGCAUGUGCUCACAAUCCCACUGGUGUUGAUCCUAAACCAGAUCAAUGGGCACAAUUGUCCACCCUAAUCAAGAAAAAAAGUUUGUUUCCAUUUUUUGAUAUGGCAUAUCAAGGCUUUGCCUCAGGAGAUCUUACAAGGGAUGCCUUUGCAGUCAGAUUAUUCAUUAAAGAGGGACACAAUAUCGCAUUGGCUCAAUCUUAUGCGAAGAAUAUGGGUCUCUAUGGUGAACGCGUUGGAGCGUUCAGUUUGAUAACAUCCAGCAAAGACGAAGCUGCGCGCACUUUGUCGCAAUUGAAGAUUCUAAUCAGACCAAUGUAUUCGAAUCCACCAAUCUACGGAGCUCGCAUAGUUAAUGAAAUUCUCGGCAAUUCGGAAUUGCGAAAGGAAUGGUUGUACGACGUUAAGAAUAUGGCCGAUCGCAUCAUUUCGGUUCGCACGAAGCUUAGAGACAAUCUGAAGAGAAACGGUAGCAUUCGCGAUUGGUCCCACAUUACCAACCAGAUCGGAAUGUUUUGUUAUACCGGCUUGAAAUCAAAUGAAGUGGAGAAACUCACAAAAGAUUUCAGCAUUUACCUCACCAAGGACGGCCGCAUCUCUAUGGCUGGUGUAACAUCAAAGAAUGUGGAAUACCUGGCAUAUGCAAUGCACGAAGUUACAAAGUAAUUCUUGCUAUAUAAUUCUUAACCAUAUUUUAUUAUUUAUCUUAUUAUAUAUUUCGCACAGUGCUCAAUGAAAAAACAUUGUCUAUAAUCUAUUUUGUAUUCUACGCGUGCAAUGUAAUUAGAAUGAACAAUUGUAGCUUUUAAUUGAGAUCAUAGACAAUGUAUGGCGAAUAAAUAAGAAAUCACAUAGCACAGAUAUAAAAUAAGUACAAAACAGGUAUAAAUGCAAGUUUUCGAAUGUUAAUUGGACAUUUUGCAUCUCUAUUUGAGAUAAAGAUUUUUGAAUAUUAUGUUUUUCUCAAAAUAUCCUGAACACAUUUCUAAUAGAAAUUAUUUUAAUUAUUAUUGUAUGAAGUAAUAUCAUUUUUCUUGUACAAUAACUAAUAUUUUUAUAAUAAUUAUUUUUUACUAUGAAAUAUAUGUAAUAUAUUAUAAUAUAUUGUAUAUACUUAUAAUUCUGCAGGCCAGAAUAUAAUGAAAAAAAUAUGUUUAUUUUCUAUUAUUUUGGAUGCUUUUGUUUGCUUCAAUAAAAAACAUACGAUUGAUACUUUUAUUAAAGAAAAAGAAACUAUGUUUUGUAUUAUCUGUGCUGUAUGAAAAUGAAAUAGUGUUUUUUAAUUGUAUUAGCGUGAAUAGCGCGAAUUGUAUUGAACGCGAGUUAUGAACAUUAGUUGCAAUUGUGUAUAUUAGAGUUCAGUAGAAAACAUCUUGAUUUGUAACACAAUAUUUUUUGUAUCUAGAUUUUACUCUAAAUAGAUUUCUUCUAUUUUAAAAUCAAUAAUUGAGCACUUGUUAAAAUUCUAAAUUGUUUUAAUUUCUACAUUUAUUCUAAUGUUACACUAUAUGCCUAAGAAGAAAAUAUCACUGAAUACUAUCAUUCACUUUCUUAUAAAAUCAUCUGAUUUAGAUUGUAAAUAGAAAAAAAGCAAUACAAAAAAAAAUGUUGUUUAAAGGUAAAUAAUGAAUUUAGAAUGGAAGAAUCCAGAACUGUAUUUUACAUAAUUUUAUGUAUUUUCUACUUUAUGUAUUCGCAUAUAUAUAUGUGUAUGUAUGUAUGUAUAUAUAUGUAUAUAUAUAUAUAUAUAUAAUAUAUAUAUAUAAUACAUAUAUAAUAUAUAUAAUACAUAUAUAUAAUACAUAGAUAAUAUAUAUAUAAAUUCCAUAUAUAUCUACGAUGUAUGUUUAUGUAUAUAUAUAUAUGUAUAUAUAUAUAUAUAUAUAUGUACAUACAUACAC